AUGGUGGUUGGCAAGAAUAAGCGUCUUAUGAAAGGCAGCAAAAAAGAAGCCAAGAAGAAACGGGUUGAUCCAUUUUCUAAGAAAGAUUGGUAUCAUGUGAAAGCACCUGCUAUGUUCAAUAUAAGGAAUAUUGGAAAGACACUAGUUUCCAGGAUUCAAGGAACAAGAAUUACACCUGAUGACCUUGAGGGUCAUGUGUUUGAAGUGGGACUUGCUGAUCUGCAGAAUAAUGAAGUUGCAUUUAGAAUAAACAAGCUGAUUACUGAAGAUGUUCAGGGCAAAAACUGCCUGACUGACUUCCAUGGCAUGGAUCUUACCCAUGACAAAAUAUGUUCCAUGGUCAAAAAAUGGUAGACCAUGACUGAAGCUCAUGUCAGUGUCAAGACUACCAAUGGUCAUUUGUUUAGUUAGUUCUGUACUGAUUUUAUAGAAAAUACAAUGGUCAGAUACAGAAGACCUCUUAUGCUCAGCACCAACAGGUCUGUCAAAUUUAGAAGGAGAUGACGGAAAUCAUAAACAAAGAAGUAUAGACAAAUGACUUCAAAGAAGUGGUCAAUAAAUUGAUUCCAGACAACGCUGGAAAAGACAUAGAAAAUGCUUGCCAAUCUAUUUAUCCUCUUCAUGAUGUAUUCAUUAAAAAAGUAAAAAGCUGAAGAACCCAAGUUUGAAUUGGGAAAACUAAUAGAGUUUCAUGGUGAAGUUAGUUG